CCUUUUACCCACCCCCUUCAAGUACAGUAAUCUUCACCCCUUUCUCUUCAGCCAACUCCUAUUUAGCAAUAUAAAUCAUUGAAGCUUUUUAACAUAAACAAAAAUAUUUCCCUAUAAAAUCAUCACUACCACCGCCCUCCUCCUCCGCCGUUAAAAGGCCAUGAGAUGGUGGGACUCAGUGUAGUACUCGAAGGUUAUAGAGAUAUUAGUUGUACUGCUGCUGGUACUACUAUAACUGCUUCUGCUUGGCAGAUUGUUAACAAAGCUAGUAUGGUUAUGAAACCCACUUCUCCGACCACUCCUUCUUCUCCUUUUUCCCGGCGUAAAUCUCCGGCGGCGUGUGGGUUUCUCGAUUCCUGUUUCCUUUGUAAACAGAAACUCUUACCUGGAAAAGAUAUCUACAUGUACAAGGGAGAAUGGGCAUUUUGUAGCGUGGAAUGCAGGUGCAAACAGAUUUUUAAGGAUGAAGAAGAGAGUUUUAAUACAAAGAAAAGAGAUAAUAUGAAAUCUCAAGUAUCUAAAUCUUGUACUACUUCUUCUUCUUCUUCUUCAACGACGUCGUCUUCACGGAGUAGGAAAACGGCGGCGAGAAACCGACCGAAUGGAUUUGCAUACUGAAUGAGAGAAGUGUACUGUCCGAGGGAAAUUUUGCUGCUUUCCAGUUUUGUCCUCGCCACAUCUUGUAAUGACUAUGGUGUCCCUUUUUAUUUUUUUUAUUUCUUUGGGUUUGUUUUAUUGGUUUUUUAAUUUAUUAUAGUAAUUGAAGUAGUAGUAUGAAAAUUGAUAGCCAACAAACUGCUGCUAGUUUUCAUAUAUCAGCCCAUGGGUUUUGGUGUCCAAUCGCCAGGUAACCAAAUGGCAUAUAAUUAAUGAUAUUGAGAAUCGUUCUUUUUUAAGGUUGGGGUGGUGGGGACAGUUAGGGAUAUUUUGGGUACUUAAUGGAAAAAAAAUUGGUAAAUUAUUCACAUUA